AUGACAAAUGAUGAUUUGAAUCCGGGGGAUAGAGGUAAUCCUUUUAUUUUACCAUCUUCACAUACUGGGAGCGGAAGGCAUAUGCAUGAGAUAUAUCAGGAUUCAAUGGCGAUUACACGUUUUCAUCACCAUCCCGAUAUUUUUCUUACAAUGACAGCUAAUCCUAAUUGGACGGAAAAAAGAAAUGCACUUUUUCCACGUCAAACUGCACUUGAUCGUCCUGAUCUGGUGGCUCGCGUUUUUGAGCUUAAAAGAAAAGCUCUAAUGAAAGAAAUACAGGAAAAAAAGGUUUUCGGUACAGUUUUUGCCCAUGUUUAUACCAUCGAGUUUCAGAAACGAGGAUUACCGCACAUGCAUUGUCUUAUAUUUUUGAAAGAUUCCGAAAAAAUUCGUACGUCAGACAUGGUUGAUAAAUUUGUUUCCUCUGAAUUUCCGGAUGAGAAAAAUGACCCCAUACUAUUUGACACGGUCAGCAAGUGUAUGGUUCACGGUUCAUGUGGAGAUCGAGAUCCGGGUGCACCGUGUAUGGCAAAAGGAAAAUGUACCAAAGGAUAUCCAAAUAAUUACACAGACACAACAACUUUGGAUGAGGGUGGGUAUCCAAGUUAUCGUGGGCGUUGGGAUGGAAGAUAA